AUGAGGAGUAUUCCCACCUUCAUCUUUGCAUUCUGUUUGCAAGGUAUUACCCAUGCACAGGAUCUGCAACCUUCUGGAGCAACUGCGCCAGUUGCUCAGUUGUGUGGCGGCUCUAGUGAUAUUGUCUGCGUGCAAAGAUAUGGCUCAGUUUUGCCUUAUCACUUCUUCCGAAAUGUCUCAUCAAAUUCAGGGAUUUUAGACUUCAGGAACACAUCGGUCCCGUCUGACCCUUCUUUUCAACUCCUCUCUGAUGCGAACUUUGUGGUCUUCGAUCAACAGCGAGGCUUGCAGUACCUCGGAUCGCCGACCUAUGAUUUCGUUUUCAAGGUAUCCGAAGCGGUUCACGAGGCACCGGUCUACGUGCCGACACAAAGAAAGCUGUACAUUUCCCAGCUAGCACCUCCAGCCGGAUACCUGCCUCAGCUAGUCGUAGAUCUGAAUCCUAGUGUCCCAACGCUGUCGGAGUAUCUUCCAGACCCGCCGAUAUAUGCACCCAACGGAGGCACAUCUUACGGCAAUGGCACAAAAAUCUUGUUCGCAGCCAGCGGCGGCAACAACAGUAUCGGAAAUCCACCAACAGAGCAACGGGUCUCUCUUCGUGUGCUCGACCCGACCACAAAUAAGUCCACAGUCCUCUUAAACAAUUACUUCGGGUCAUAUUUCAACUGUAUCGACGAUGUUGUUGUCCACCCUACUGCUGGAUACAUCUAUUUUACGGAUCCUUAUUAUAGUUUGUAUAAUGCCCUUACAGACACUGCUCCACAGCUUCCCACAGCAUCGUAUCGCUUCAACCCCGUCACUGGUGCAACAUUCCUGAUCGAUGACACCCUUAUCCAGCCUAACGGAAUCGCACUCAAUCCAGCUGCCGACACAUUGUACAUCUCCGAUACUGGCGCAGUCCAGGGUCUCGUUGAUCCAAAUGCUACUGCACAGGAACGCGCAACAACCUACAAUGUCACACGUCCAGCAACUAUAUACGCCUUCGAUGUGACACAUAACGGCACGAGAGUGUCUAAUAAGCGUAGCUUCUACCUAAGUGAUAGUUGGGUACCGGACGGACUGAAGGUCAGCAGAGAAGGUCUAGUUCUUACUGGGGCGGGCACUGGUGUGGAUGUGAUUGAUGAUGUCGGACAGUUGUUGUUCAGGAUCCAAACGAACUACACGGUCCAGAACUUUGCCUUUGUAGGCGACGACCUUAGAGAAUUAUGGCUUAUGGGUAAUGGCGGAAUUAGUAGAGUCAAAGGAUUGAACAUCCAAGGACAAAAGCUUACAUAG